CCCCAUUUCUUAUCCGAUUUCUGACAUUCACUCCGAUACUACACCUAUUUUCAAAUUCCUUUCUAUAAUUUUCUGAGUCGCAGAGCUACUCCCAUCUCCUUUACUAUCUCAAUCAACGACCACGACCAACCAAUGGCUGAAGCUCCGGAGAAAAUCUCCAUCACCAUUUGCGGGGAUGGUGGAUGCGGAAAAUCUUCCAUGACUCUGCGACUGGUACGCAGCCAGUGGGUGCAUGAGUAUGACCCUACAAUUGAGGACUCGUAUUCCGUAACACGUACUAUCGAUGGCCGCCCUUACUUUCUCUGCAUAACCGACACCGCCGGCCAAGAGGAAUACCGUGGGUUAUGGGCCGCAUCCAACCUCAAAUCGGACGCCUUCCUGCUCGUCUACGAUGUCACAAACGAACUGAGUUUGAGCGCAUUGGACUACUUUAUGGAAAUGAUCCACAUGGAAUCAGAUCAGCGGGAAGAGGAUAACUAUCGUCUGCGGAAGGAGUUGGGUGCCAGUGCUCACGGUGUUGAUGUCGGGAUGCCGCCCCCAAUCAUCAUGUUGGCGGGUAACAAGUGUGACCUGAAAGAUAAACGAGUCAUUGGGUCAAAAGAAGGGCUGGAGUAUGCGCGCAAGCAUGGCUGCGGGUUCAUAGAGACGAGCGCUAGGGAGAUGGUCAACAUUGAGGAAACCUUUGCUCGUGAGUAUACUGCAUGACCGAAUGUUGAUCUUCAUCUGACGAUAAUAUAGUCCUGGUCCGUCGUGCAGUCGAAGCCCGUCAAAAACAUUACUCCAAGACCAACCCAGCAAGGGGUUUAAAACUUGCACCCAUCCCGCCAAAGAAGGACAACGACAAUACCAAAAAUCAAGGUGGAUUCAUGGGAUUUGGCAAGAAAAAAGACAAAACAAGACCGAAAAGCGUAUGGAAACAGAUGUUGUGUUGUUGAUUUGGUUUCUCCUCUCCUUCGUUCAGUUUGAUAUACCCUUUUUGCUUUAUGAUAUUCAGCAGAUGCAAUGAAUGGCGCAAUGGCGUACUCGGACAUGUAUAUCGGAAAUAGCAUAGCAUUAUCAAUGGGCAGGUCAUCGAUUGUUAUUGCUUGAGAUGUCAGUCAACCGGUCAUCUCCUUGAUAUACACAACCUUAGCGAGCUGUCAUAGCCUGAUCAGCAUUAGACAUAAAUACCGGAAGGAAGUUCCGCCUUUUAUGUUGCAAAGAAA